AUGUCAUCCAACGACAAUCGUCUCGAACUUCAGAAGCGUCUUCAACAAAGAAUGAAGAAUAAAACCGAUACCACCAGUCGAACAAUUCCCCGCACUCACGAACAAUUACCGCAUUUCUUGCAACAAGUUCUACCCGACAAUUACACUUACAUCAUCAAAUCCUACAAAGAACUGGAACUCGAGAAUUUUCCGGGUGCCCCGACGGCUGCCUUCGAUUCUACGUUCUACGUAAACAUUUCGUCGGCAGAGGCUAUCGAGGAAUGGCGGACGGCAUUUCACAACAAGACCGGCACCAUCUUUCGAAUCACUCGCGCCGACAAGGUGAAGGGAAUAAAGGUCAUCUAUCACAAGGACUUUCAUUGUAGGCAUGCCGACAUCGCUGCCAUCAAGUACAUGCAAAAGACUUAUGCCCAAAAGGCUGGCCAGAGAAGAAGUCGAAACACGAAUUGUCAGUGCUUGGCGAAAAUUCGCCUCGAGAAGAGUAGGCUCAUUCUCUCUCAUCCUUGCGAGAUACGUCUCAUGUACAACCACAACCACCCACUAGAGACCUUUAACUUAACCCCUCCGACCCCCUCGAUGGUGUCCUCGACAAGUGACGAAAGCGGAAAAAGCACACCGCAACACAAUCUGGAUUUUGAUUCGAGUGACACGGAUUACUGCCAAGAGAUCAUCGGAUUCAUGGAAAACCCUCGAAGAACCACUUUUCUGAACCAGUUCCCCUGGAUUGAUCCAUCCCCGUUAACUCACCUGAGCCACGAAGAAGUAAAUUUCGGUCAGGUCGACACCUAUAGUAACGGAACAUUUAUUGGAUAUUCCUCUCAGAACGAUUCACAAUUCCAACAUCCAUUUACUUCUCCGCCGACCACCUCCGUGCCCAUUCAUUUCUCCAAUGAACAAUUUCUAAUACAACCGAACCACGCGGAAACCAUUGAUAACCAUAACAAUGAUAGCAAUUUAUCACGACUCUCAAACGAUAUCAGGUCUACAAUUAAACGGACCUUUGGUGACAAUUUAGGGGUUCACUUUACCACAACAUCCGUCUCGGAUCAACAAUACUUGCCACAACCGCCUCUCGGUAUCAUCGAUCGACCAUCACUAAAAAGGUCAUCGACCGAUCAACAAGAAAUCAUUCCGCAAUUUUCCAUACACAAAAGAAGGUCGAUAAGCGCAAAAAGGCCGGAAUCGGUGAUCAGUUUGGCGCAACAGAUUUAA